AUGCGUACUAGUGCCUUAAUCCCACUGUUGCUGCCACUGGCAGCAGCUAGUUCUAUACCCUUUGGCACCGAAUUCGCUCGUCGUCAACUGCCCAAUCAUCCAACCGGCGUUAAGACCAUCAAGACUGCCAAUAAUGUGACUAUUCGUUACAAAGAGCCUGGCAAAGAGGGAGUCUGCGAAACCACCCCAGGUGUUAACUCGUACUCCGGCUACGUGGAUCUUGCACCUAAUGUGCAUACUUUCUUCUGGUUCUUCGAGGCCCGUCACAACCCGGAAACAGCACCAAUUACUCUAUGGCUCAACGGUGGCCCUGGUAGUGACUCGUUGAUUGGACUUUUUGAGGAACUGGGUCCUUGCCGUGUCAACGAGUCUUAUCAAACUUAUCUCAAUCCUCAUUCGUGGAAUGAGGUAUCCAACAUGUUGUUUAUCUCUCAGCCCCUGGGCACUGGCUUCUCCUACUCCGAGGAAGAAGCAGGCUCACUCGAUCCAUUCACCGGCUCGUUUGUCCCCGCUGAUAUCGCUGGAGUCCAGGGCCGAUACCCAGUGAUCAAUGCCACUAUGAUUGAUACGACCAACCUUGCUGCUGAGGCUACUUGGGAAGUUCUGCAAGGAUUUCUCGGUGCAUUGCCCAAACUUGACUCCAAGAUCAAGUCAAAGAGCUUCAACCUCUGGACUGAAAGCUACGGAGGACACUACGGACCUGCUUUCUUCGAUCAUUUCUAUAAAGAAAACAAGAAAAUUGCGAAUGGCUCCGUUGAUGGUAUUGAGCUUGAGUUCAACACCCUGGGUAUCAUAAACGGAAUCAUCGAUGAAGCCAUCCAAGCCCCGCAUUACCCUGAGUUCGCAGUGCAUAACACUUAUGGAAUCGAGACUGUUAACAAAACUGUCUACGAUUAUAUGAAGUUUGCCAAUAGCAUGCCCAACGGGUGUCAAGAUCAGGUCGCAAACUGCAAGGCGACUAACCGUACCUCCCUAUCAGACUUGUCCAUCUGUACAGAGGCGGCUAAUAUGUGUCGUGACAAUGUUGAGAGCCCAUACUAUACAUUCAGCGGUCGUGGCACCUACGACAUCCGUCACCCAUCCGAUGAUCCCACGCCUCCCAGCUACUUCGAGAAGUAUCUCGCCAAAGACUCGGUCAUGAAUGCACUAGGCGUUGACCUCAAUUAUACUUCAUCCAACGGCGAAAUCUACUACGCUUUCCAGCAAACGGGUGAUUUCGUAUGGCCCAACUUUAUCGAGGAUCUAGAGGAUAUCCUUACUCGACCUGUCCGUGUUGCUCUCAUAUACGGUGACGCAGACUAUAUCUGCAACUGGUUUGGUGGUCAGGCAAUUUCCCUUGCUGCUAAGCACCCGCACAGUAAGAAGUUUAAGGAAGCUGGAUAUGCGCCGUUCGUCGUUGAUGGCACUGAGUACGGCGAGACCCGCGAGUAUGGUAACUUUUCCUUCACUCGUGUUUAUGAGGCUGGUCAUGAAGUUCCUUAUUAUCAACCUAUCGCGGCUUUGCAGCUCUUCAACCGUACUUUGAAUGGUUGGGAGUUGCCGAAUGGGUUGAAGAAAUUGUCUUCCGGGUUUGGAUCCGAUGGUCCUGCUACUGCGACGCAUACUGAAUCUUCAGUUGCAUUGCCAACUGCUUCUGCUUCGGGGGUUGUUGGUAUGAAGAGACAGUAUUGA